AAAUGACACGCGGGGUUCGCCAGGGCUGGAGGCUGCGCUCCACUCAGCAGGCUGCGGAGCGGCAUCCUGGAGCAGCUGCCUUCGCCACCCCGGACCUCUGUCCCACCGCGUCCUCCAGCGCCUGCCCGCUGCGUGGCUGUUGAAAAAUCAGGUGUCAAAAUGACUGAACGCUUUGACUGCCACCAUUGCGAAGAAUCUCUCUUUGGGAAGAAGUACAUCCUGAGAGAGGAAAGCCCCUACUGCCUGGCCUGCUUCGAGGCCCUUUAUGCCAGCACAUGUGAGGAGUGCAGGAAGCCCAUUGGCUGCGACUGCAAGGACUUGUCCUAUAAGGACCGACACUGGCAUGAGGCCUGUUUCCACUGCUCACGGUGCAAGAGCUCGCUGGUGGACAAGCCCUUCGCUGCCAAGGAGGACCAGCUACUCUGCACAGACUGCUACUCCCACGAGUACUCUUCCAAGUGCCAGGAGUGCAAGAAGACCAUCAUGCCAGGGACCCGCAAGAUGGAGUACAAGAGCAGCAGCUGGCAUGAGACCUGCUUCAUCUGCCAUCGCUGUCAGCAGCCAAUUGGAACCAAGAGCUUUAUCCCCAAGGAUGAGCAGAAUUUCUGUGUGCCCUGCUAUGAGAAACAGUAUGCCUUGCAAUGUGUUCAGUGCAAAAAGCCCAUCACCACUGGAGGGGUCACCUACCGGGAGCAGCCCUGGCACAAGGAGUGCUUUGUGUGCACAGCCUGCAGGAAGCCACUGUCUGGGCAGCGUUUCACAUCCCGGGAUGAGUUUGCCUACUGCCUGAACUGCUUCUGCGACCUUUAUGCCAAGAAGUGUGCUGGGUGCACCAACCCCAUCAGCGGACUUGGCGGCACAAAGUACAUCUCCUUUGAGGAACGGCAGUGGCAUAAUGACUGCUUUAACUGCAAGAAGUGUUCCCUCUCACUGGUGGGCCGAGGCUUCCUCACGGAAAGGGAUGACAUCCUGUGCCCCGACUGCGGGAAAGACAUCUGAGGUCAACACAAAUUACUGCUUGCAACACACACAGAUUUAUAUAUUUUCUUUCUCAACCAGGCAACAUUGUGUUCUGGUUCCCACCAGCCACACCAAGACUUUCCUCUUGUGCUUCUCAAUGAUACUCACGUUUGUUAAAAUCCUUUAUAUUAGUAGUUCAUUCCUGGGGAAGGAGAAAACCCUUAUGGAAACAUUAGGUGGAAAAAUGGUUUUGAAUUUUUAUAAUCAAGCAAAAUCCAAGUACAAAAUCCUCUUGAAUAUCUUUAUAUAAAUGUAUCUUUUUUCACUGUGCAUUUAAUUUUUAAGUGCAUUAACAUGUCACAAACUUGAAAGUUUUCCAAACUACAUAAGGUAAUGAAAAACUGAUAUUUAUGACCAUGUAACAUCCUGUUGUGUAAUGCCUGCAGCAAGAUUAUAUGGCUAAUAAUAAAGUUAUCCAGGCA